UUCCUUUUCAAUCUCAUGGAAUGAUCUGAUCUAUUACUUGGGUUCUUGUUUCUUUUCAUUUUCAUGCUCCAAAUGAUAUCUUUUGCUGUAUGCAGCCCGUGUAGCUCGACUAACAUGACCAUCAUAAUCAUGAACUUCAGGUUACCCAGCUCGGUCUUCGCCAAACACCGAACAGCGACAUCAACAACCAAAAAUUUGAUUCCAUCCUUCCUCAAAGCAAUAUCCCGAGUAUUCCACUGUCAAUCUCCCAUUUCUCCGAGAUCGCCGAUCUCGGACUCCCGAGCUCUGAGAUGCGAAUGACGCAAAAGAGGACCUCGUGAGUUAGCGGGCUAUGCAUGCAACGUCGGCUAAGUAUGGAAUCAAUCGUGAUAUUUCUAUUCUAGACCAAUGGAUGAGAAGCCGUUGGUUAUUUGUUCUUGGUGAAGAUGCUAUUCCCUCUGGUGCAGGGUAGUCAAGUUGACGAUUAUGUCAUCGGCGCGUCGAUGUAAUUAUCACCAAUCCACUCUACGCGUCUCCCUCAAGCAUACACCAAAAGUUUAGACAUAGUAAAGAUGUCGUACUACGACAUUGACGCCAUCCUCACGGAUGCAGAGAAAGUCCCAUGCCACUUCGAAAUCGACGUUCGUGACCUCGGCCAUCUCGACAACUCCCCCCACGGCCUCAAAGCCCAAACACCCCUAACCCUCCCCCUCUGGCUCGCCGAAAUGCUCGCCCUCGCCUCAACACCCAACUCCUCCGCGCCCCUGACCCUCAAUCUCCCACCAUGCCUCUCAACAACCGUUCUCGCCGCUCUAAAAGCAGAUCCCCGCGCCGUUCCCCUCCGCGACCAAAGUCCUCACUUCUACGGUGUCGGCGUUAAAAUGCUAGAGUUAUUCGAUGAGAAGGAGAUAGCGGAGGUUUUGAGAAAGACGUUUGUUGUGAGGGCGGGUGAGGUUGGUCUUCAUGCGAGAAAGGCGGAUGAGGCGGUGGGGGGGAAUGGGGAGGAGUUUUUGAGGGGACUGGAGGAGUGGGAGAGGGGGUUGUUUAGGAGAGGACAUGAGGGUGUCAAGGGAGCGAAGGAGUGGACUGAUAAGGUUAAGAAGACAUGAGUUGGAGGAUUUAAGAUACCCAUGAGAUGCCGUGAGGCACUACGCGUCUACGAACACAAAUACAAAGGCAUGAACCAUGUGCUUCAGUCAAGUCACAAGAGGCUUCGCAGUUGAGAGAAUAUUCAGGGAUAAAAGCGUGCAUUUCCAGCACGGUCUAUUACUGACUCCGACUCCUACGCCUUGAAGCCAGCCGAGGUUCUCCUAUCCGUAGGCAAACGGUACUAAUCCAUCCAACCGCUCAGUAAUGUUCCAACCGAACGGAACGACAAGCCCGGCAUUUCCCAGCGUGCCCUUUAGAUUCUACAAAAACCCCAAUAAUAGCUAUAGUUAUCUCCCUGAACACCAUUUCCCAACCCUUCUAAGAACCCAAGAACGCAACGCUGAGCGCUAGCAAUUCCCGAUGAAAACGCCAUGCUCGGAAGCUCCCCAUCCUUUGUCAUGUACAGGAUAGAAAAAGUGAUAAAAAUGCAACCGACUCCUCUUUUUCCUCUCCUGGGAAAAUCCCCCACCAGUUACCGUACCCGGUCCAGUAUGUAUCGUAGCCACGCGACGAAGCACUUUCGAUCGCGUCGAGAAUAAACGUAUAGGUGUCGCACCGCUCAAGCGGUCGAACCUCGUUUGGCCGCCCAUCUAGGGACACAGCCAAGUUUGAAACGUAUCCACCAGUUUAGUCUGCCAAGGGACUCGCUGAAAAUAAACCAGAGAAAAGGUUGUAAACAUCGACGCCGUGACGGUAAAGAAAAAGGAAGUUGAAGAAAAGAGUAAAAAGUCGAAAGAAAAAAAAGAAAAGAAACAGCAAUCAUAAAGUGGGCUCUCCUGAAAAUCAUUAUGUGUGAGAAGGCAAGUCGAAACAUAAGCAAGAGGAUCCUUGCUAUGGAAAUAUUUGUGCGUGUUCACCAGAACAGCACACCGAGUGGAGGUAAGAGUCUGAUGAGCCAUUAUCGUAUCGACUCAUCUUGGGCUCGGGCUCGGACGCGUGGAUUUUUUUUUUUUGGGGGGGGGGUUCUUCUUUAUGCAACCCUCAUCCCUUGUGGCGCGAGGUGCUAAGAAACGACUCGACUUUGAGAUCGAUAUCGGUAGAGCACGUCAACCGGUGGAGCAGGGACAACAGCGAUGCAAGAAGUCGACCUUCAUCAUCGUUGCUCAUGCUCCAAAGAUUCAAGCUGCCCAGAGGGCAUUGUCAGUCAUACUCAUGUGAGACAUGUCCUGAAAGUUGGCAGGGGUGAUGGUGUUGGUAGAUGAGAGAUUGGAGCCGUAGGCCGAAGUGGCAUGCUCGGAGAAGGCAUAGUUGUCAGUAAGGCCAAUGGGAGACCCGUUGAAGGGGGAGUAACCAAAGUUACCAGAGGCAGAUGAGAUGGGAGCGGGAAUGCCAAGUUCGCCAUUGACACUAGCCAUCAUGGCAGGGUCAGCAGCGCCGUCGACGGCAAGAUCAUAGCCAGUCUCCAUGUUGAAGGGUGCCAUGCUGCUACCAAUGCCCUGGAACAUGUCCAUCUGAGGAGGCAUGCCAGAACCGUCCAUGUUGUCGUCGCCCAUCUCAUCAACAUCGUCCUGCUCAGGCAUGGGAGAGUCAUUCAGGUCAACUUUGACCUUCUUCUCGACGAACCAAGCCUUGAGAUCAUUCAUGGGAGGCCAGUCACCACCGCCCUUACCGCCUCGCUUCUCAUCACCGUUAGCACCCUUCUUGCCACGGGGAGUCUUGGGCUUGAAAUGGGUGCGUCGAAGAUGAGCAGCGGCGUUGUAGUAAGCACCAUACUCCUUGCCAGAGACGCAUGCCUUGCACUUGGACAACGGGUUGACGGCUUUGACGUUGCUCUCAAUGCCGACAGUAGCAGGGUCACGGCAGACAAACUUCUUGACAGUGCCCUCAUGCUUGGCGUUGACGUGUCGGCGAAGCUCAUGAUCACCUCGGAAGCCAUCGGGAUGCUCAGUGCACUGGGUGCAGUAGACCUUGGGAUGCUUAGGUCGCUGGUAGUUGCUCUUGUUGACAGGAAGCUUGGCCUCCUUGUUGGCAGCGGCAACAGCUUCAGCCUUGGCUACCUCCUCCUUGGGCUUCGGGGCAAGUUGGAUAGUCUUGCCUGAGUGAAGAACACGCUCACGAGCUUCCUUAGCGCGUCGCUCGAGGUUGGAAGCAUUUGAUCGAACACUAGACAUGCUGGUGUUGGAGCAAGAUCGCUCCAUGUCGGUGGACUCUGGCGAUGUCAUCAAGCUGUUGCCGUUGGAGUCGGUGUACUGCAUGUUGACAGCGGAGAGGUUGGCGCCGAGACCGAAGAGGUCUUGUUCAGAGUUGUACUGCUUGCCAGUGGGGUACAUGUUGACAGAGCUGGGAGACAGAUCAGGAGCAAAGAGGGCAUCGGCUUGGGACUGGGAUGAUUCUAGGCGCUCCAUACCGACGCCAUAGCUGUCGAAAGAGCUAUUCUGGCGGGUCAAAGGGCUAGCAGCCUCGGCAGCAGAGGGACCAGAAAUCAUUGACGGGCAAGCGGAGGACAUGGGAUAGCUGGACGGGAUAUUUGACGAGAGGUUGUUGAAUGAGUUGUCGGGCACCAUGUUAUAUGGAAGUCCAGAGUAUGAUGCGUCGUAGUGUUGAGGGACUUGAGCUGUCUCUGGCCACUGUUUUAGAAACUCAUCGGGGUCCAUGCCGAUGUUGAGUAGAGGCUGGUUCUCCUGGACGCUGGGCAGUCGAUCCGAAACACCCUCGAGAGGGAGAUUGUUUGAUUCAUUUUGAGGAGAGUUGAAUCGAUCCAUGGAAGCGCUUAAUGGAGCUAUCCUGUUGCCGGUCUGUGAGAAAGGCAUGUGAGAUUCAGAACGAUUUGAGACACUGCGGCUCAUGGGGAGAGCGGAGCCAGACUGUUGAGAGAAAGCUCUCCUCUCACGCUUAUGAGCCUGAAGGCCAUUAUGUCGUUCCUAUUGAGAUUAUCAGAAAGAUGGAGAUGGCACAAGGCUUAGGAUGUAUUACCGUGAUGGCGGACUUUACUUGGGUGGGAUAUGUAAUUGUAGACUUGCUACGAGAGAGACCACUACUUCGUGCACUUGAGAGGCCAUGGCUAGGGAUUUGGAAACCGGGCUGAGCCAGAGACAAAUUUUGUGCGACUUGAUUUAAGACUGUAGGAUCUCCUCUGAACUGACUUUGCACGAACUGCUCGAGCUGUGAAUUCCGCGCGUUGGCGGCUUCUAGCUGACGUUGUAGCUCCUGAACAGUAUUGGCGUUUUCUAAAUUCAUUCUUCUGAACUGAAUAGUAGAUGUUGCGAUAGUGUUUUUUUUUUUUUUUGGUUUCUGGCGAGGCGAGGCGAGAUAUUCGAAGACGUAAUAGCCUUGAUACGAUGAGAUGUUCUGGUGUAAGUAAGGCGGGCGGGUUUUGGACGUUGGAGAAUAGAACUGGAGCGAGGCGAGCUUAUUGAAUGGUUGAGGGAGGACAAGUGAAAACGGCUUGCCACAGGCGAAAGAUUAAAAAAGUGGGAUAGUAUCGAGUAGUCGAGGACAGACGACGAGACGAAGAAAAGAAGGUGAAUGAGAUGCGGAUGGGAUGGAGGAUUAAUAGUGAGCCAGGAUCGAGGGAAGAGGCGGCCAGUCGUUCAGGAUGAGGCUUCCAAUCCCCACUCAGACUGGACAGGGAUCUUAACAGGGAUCUUGGAAGGAUAUUCAAGGGUGUUGCGCUGCGGUGUGUGUAAGGUUAAGGAAGAAAUCCAUCUGUCCUGUCCCUCUGUCUGUGGGUGGAUGGUCUAAUUAGGCUUGGCCUGGCUC